AUGCCGCGUAUUCCAACCAAAGUACUUAUCAAGGCUUAUCAAGAAACCCCUCUUCUGCCUUUGCUGCUUCAAGAAUGCCGUACGCUAGUCUCUGCGCGAAAUGAGCUACGGUGGCUCCGGGAGCGUGCCCUGCGUGAUAGCCAGUCCUCGCGACUGGGAUCGCCAGGAUGGCGAACGCGUCUAAGAUCUAUGUGUCAACAGCGCUCCCGAGGGGUCCCACUCCAGUACAUCCUAGGGGAUCAACCAUUUGGAGAUUUGGAAAUUCUUUGCCAGCGGGGUGUAUUGAUCCCAAGAUCUGAUACUGAAUCAUACACCUUUCAAGCCGCCAAGAGACUCCGUCAAAUGGCUCUAGAAAGCAAGAACGACACUCCGUCACCACGCCGGCGGAGGCCCCUCCGGGUAUUGGACCUGUGCACCGGCACGGGCUGCAUCGCACUGUUGCUGCAUGCGCUUCUCGCUCCAAACUUCCAAGACAUGCAGAUUUUGGGCAUUGACAUAAGUCCAACGGCCUUGAAGCUAGCCCAAAGGAAUCUGGCACAUAAUAUGCAUCGGGCCUUGUUAACCGACCGCGCCCUUACCCAAAUUCACUUCCAUCGCGCCGACGUCCUUGGCGUGGGAGACGAAUCCGCACCUGUCCCGACAACACAGGAGGUCCUGCAGGAUUACUUCCCUCGGCUUGGAAAUCCCGGUGGAUCAUCGGAAUUUGAAUGUGAUUUACUGAUCUCCAAUCCGCCCUAUAUAUCUACCGCGGACUUCCGCAAUGGCACCACAUCACGCAGUGUUCGGCGGUUUGAGCCGCGAUUGGCAUUGGUGCCGCCUAGUAUUCCUCAGUCGGCAAUGCCUGAAGAUUGCAAUAUGGAAGAUAUUUUCUACCAUCGGAUUCUCACUCUUUCCCUUCAAUCACAAGCAAAGCUUACCGUUCUUGAGUGCGGGGACAUCAUGCAGGCGCACCGAGUGGUUGCCAUGUACCAGACAAUGACUACGGAGCAGGCCAAAGGGUUUACCAUGGAAGUUUGGCCAAGCUCGGAGCAGGAUUUGGCGGCGAACGGCUUCCACCCCCAUGAUGGAUCACGAUGUGUGAUAAUUCAAAGGGUGAGAUAG